CUCUUCAGACGGCAUCUCGACUAACGCGUCCCAGUAUGUUUGAGGCCGGCAUGUUCCCCGGCGUCCUGGCGCAGUACUCCUCGUGGUACCGCACGGACGAGAUGGGCCGCAUCGUAACGUACUUCUUCUGCUUCAGCAACGUCUCCGGCAUCGUCGGCGCGCUGCUGACCUACGGCAUCUCGUACAUGAAUGGCGUCGCUGGGCUGUCCGCCUGGCGCUGGGUGUACAUCCUCGAAGGCAUCGCCACGGUCCUGUUCUCCGGCUGCGUGUGGUACUACCUGCCCGACUACCCAAAGAGCCCACGGAGCAAGCGCUGGUUCACCGACCGCGAAAUGGAGUUCAUCGAGACGCGUUUGCCCGAGAACGCCCCAUUAACGAGUGAUCCGGACUUCUCGGGCAAGGAGAUCAGGAGCGUCUUGAGCAAGAGUCUGAUCUGGAGCUUUAUGCUGAGCCAAACGCUUGUGAACCUCGGCGGGUAUGCAUUGACCUGGUACCUGCCCACCAUCAUCACGAACCUAGGCUUCGUGGGCCUACCCCGGAACCAGCUACUCCUCCUACCUCCCUGUGCAGCCGCAAUCCUCGGCCUGGUAGUCUCCGCCUGGAUCAUGGGGAAAGCCUGGAUCGUGCGACCUGCGUACAUUAUGUUCUUGAUGUCCGGCAUGGUGAUUUGCUUCGUCCUCUUCUUCACCAUCACGUCCUCGCGCAUCGGCAUCUACAUCGCAUGCAUCCUCGGCACUCUCUUCUACCAGUCGUACUUCCCCGCGUUCUGGGCCUGGCGCAGCGCCACGCUGUCCGGAAGUACGGGCACCGCCUUCACGCUAGGUCUGCAGUCCGGCAUCGCGCAGCUCGGCGGCGUCGUGGGCCCGCAGCUCUUCCAAUCGAAGUGGGCGCAUAACGGGUACAAGACAAGCUUUGCGAUUGCGGCAAGUUUUAUGAUGGCGGGGUGGGUGAGCAAUGUGUGGACGUGGUGGCUGACGAGGAAUACCGAGUACGAUGUCAUGCGGGUGAGACGAAAGGCGAAUGCGGCGAGGAAGAGGGGCGAGGUCGAAUUCAGAGAUGACAUUAGAAUUUUCGACGAGAGGAGGUUUUAUGAGGGGGUGAGGAAGGUUAAGGAGGGAAGUGAGGCUAGUGAGAGUUAGAUGAUAAUAAAGUCAAUACCAG